CAGGCGCUGCGUUGCCAUCACGCCUGCGCCGUUUUAUGCGCACAAAAGCGAAUAUAAGCGUGGCAACCUACAGUUGACUCCGCGUAGGAAAGGAAAAACGCAAACCCUAGCGCAAGGAAACGCCGAUGAAUAAGCACAACGCGGGGAAGCGAACCCUAAGAAGUGACAACAUACAUGAAGGCAAAAUUACCAGGUGGCUACCCCCCAAUGCUGUGAGAAAGGCACAGCUAAUGACAACAUUGGGACCCCCCAAGUGAAUAUUUCCCCCCACUCCGCUUGGCAAUCCGCACACUGGUGAGGGGAAUUGUGCAGGGGGCAGCAUAAGUGGAAAAAAAAACUGCACAGGAUAGAGGGACGCAACAGGGGUAGCACCUCCUUUUUUUUCUUCUUCCCAUGCGCGCCGAAAAAUGUUUCAGAACAUACAAACCAUAAUUUUAGAUGUGAACGACGGGGAGAUGCGGGCAGGGUACUCCGGUGAGUGCUCGCCGAGGUACAAUUCUAACCUAAUUCUAGGGUUACCGGUAGGCCACGGUGCUACCCUAAAACAUACAAUUUUCCCUUUACUACCAGAAAUAAAAAGAGAUAAUGUGGAGCUGAUAUACGGCAUGAAAUACAUAUAUGACGAUAACAAUAGCAGCAAGUACGAAAUCAAUUUUGACGUAAUGGAAAAACUGUUGGAAGACAUAUCAGGGAGUAAAGCGUUGGAUGAUAACUUUCAAGACCAUCCCAUUUUGCUAACAGAGCCGAACAAAACAGAUAGGAAGUAUCGAGAGAAAUUCACAGAAAUGAUGUUCGAAACGUAUAAUGUAUAUCAGUUAUUCCUCUCCAGAAGAAGCGUUUUGUCCUGCUAUGGAUGCGCAAGGACAUCUGGCCUGGUCCUGGACGUUGAACGAAAUUGCACCAAUUUGUGUGGAAUACAAGAAGGGUAUAUCUUUCAAAAACAUAUAGAAGAGGUUCCCAUAGGAGGAGAUCUAAUCGAUCGAAUUUAUCUAGCUUAUCUAGAAAAUGUAAAAAAUAUUAAAAUAUAUCCCUACUUUACUAUUGAGAAAGGUCAAAGUGCUGAAAAAGAGACUGACGAAAUUCGAAUUUUAAAAUGCCCCUUGGUUACAAAACCGUAUUAUCUUUGGGGAUCCCUCCAUGUAGCUAGUCAUUUAAAAGAAAACUUAGGUAAUGAAUGCCACCCCCUGGGUGAUAAAAUGAAAAAAAAUGAAAACAAAAAUGAGAGUAACACCAGUUAUAAAUUACCAGACGGUAGUAUCAUAGAUCAAACUACAUGCGAAUCGUUAAAACUUAUCUUCCCAUACAUAUUUUUUAAAAAAAAAUACAACCAAAAUAGCGUAACUAAGUUAGCCGGAAUUACAACACUACAAAAUAUGGACUUUAACUCAUUUUAUGAUUCUCUAAAAACGCUAAAACUUCCUGUUCUAUACAAACACAAUUACAGAAUUAAUGCCAGCAGUUCAGUCCUAGAGAGAGUACCAGAUAACCCAGCUGAUAAAAACUCCAACAUAUGUAACUCAGAUCAAAUUGACACCUACUUUGAAAUAUUCGAUGGCCUACAAGAUUUUAUUAAAAAAGGAAUUUUAUCCUUUAUAUCUGCGAAUAUGACCUUAGAUGAAGUUCUUAACUUCUUGAUAGUGACUGGAGAGUCGACCAUGUUUCAUAACUUUAUUGGGAUUUUAAAAUCGUACCUACCCUUUAUAGACACAAUCAAAGAGAAGAGCACACAACUUAUCUACAGCAAAGGGGCCGAUCGGAAGUGCAACUGCUUUAUAGGUGCUUCCAUCUUGUCCUCCCUCGGCACCUUUCCGCAGUUCUGCAUGACCAAAAGUGAGUACGAGGAGUACGGCGUGAAAAAUAUUGUCGAUAAGAAGUGCGUCUGA